AUGGGAGAUAGGGUUAAAAGCCAACCAGCUAGCGUGAAACCUCCACUGAAGACAUCGGUAAAGGAACAGAUGGUGAAAACAGUAGUUUCAGCUAUUAAAAAAAGCAAUGAUAAGAAGAAGACCAUCUCAAGCCCAUUGGUUUUGAAUCAGGUUUUUUCUGUUUGUCUCUCUCUGUCUCUCUUUGCCUAUAUCUCCAACCAAUCUUCGCUUCAUAACCCCACAAUUCUUCCUCUUCUUCAUAUCGUUCAGCUCCAUACUCACUCAAAACUAGUUCAGUUUCUGGGUAUUCGAAAGAUACUUGAAUGGCUCGAACCUUCUAAAAUAGGAUCCAAUAGUAGUGGUUCGAGAGCCACAUGUUGGUUUAGAUUUGGGAAGAACAAUGUUGAUGCUGAAAGUGCUGGCAUUUAUGGUAGUCAAUCUCGUGACGAUUUCGACCGUGAUGAUGUUGAACAGGUGAGCCGGCACAUGACCAGGGCCAGAGUUGACGGCCUUCUGUACUGUUUUGUCAACCAACCUUUGUGCCUCCCGGGGAGGUUCCGAUCGAAAUUUAAUGCCAUGGCUGUUUUUGUAUUUCAUGCUAGUCUUAGAGUUUGCACUAUAUAGUCAAAUCUUGGGAAGUUCACUUCUGUAAUUAUUUUGUAUAUAUUGGUGUCCUUGACUGGCAUGUUUACGUAUAUAUAAAUAAGUUUUAAAAUGUUCUGUCCCAUGUACGUUGUCACAGCUCAUUGGACCUUGUCUAUUUUGUAUUAUUGCUUUUGCAGCCCAUUAUCACUUGAUAAUCUAUUCAGAGGCCUUUGGUAAUCCACGGAUUACUAGCCGGUUACGGUGCUAAACCUAUAGGAGCGAGUUUGGGUCAUGACAGGGAGAGAGAGAGAAAGAGGAGAAGAAGAAAAAGAAGAAUUUUGUUAAGGCUUGUAUAACAAAGGUAAACAUACAUCACCUCUUC